AUGAAGGCUCCCCAGAACUUGAAGGAGGCUCAGAAGUUGUGGGAUGAAGAAUGCACGCGAGCUUUUGAAGAGCUAAAAAAGUAUUUGGAGACUUUUCCUUCUUUAUUCAAGCCUAUUACUGGAGAGCCGCUCUGGGUCUACCUGUCAGCCACCCCUGAGGUCGUGGGGGUGGUAUUAGUGAAAAAGCAGGACAAUUUACAACGACUGGUGUACUUUUUUAGUCAUCUAUUGAAGGGGGUUGAGUCUAGAUACACAGCUUUGGAAAAGUUAAUCUAUGGAUUGAUGCUCAUGGCUCGACGCCUAAGGCCUUAUUUUCUUGCAUAUCCCAUCACAGUUCUGACUAAUAGCUCCAUGGGUAAAGCCCUUACCAAUGUAGAAGUUGCGGGUAUGCUUAUCAAGUGGGUGACAGAACUAGGAGAGUAUAAUAUAGCUUAUCAACCUCGCACGACUAUUAAAGCGCAGGCCUUGGCUGAUUUCCUGACCGAGAUUCAUCAAACUGAUUCGGAAGAAACUUGGAAGGUAUAUGUGGAUGGAUCGUCCACACAGCAAGGAAGUGGUGUCGAAGUUCUUCUGAUAUCUCCUCAAGAAGACAUCUUGCAGCUAGCCGUGCGAUUAAAUUUCAGAGCCACUAAUAAUGAGGCAGAGUAUGAAGCUUUAUUGGCAGGGCUGCAGGUAGCCCGACAUGUGGGAGAUACCCGAGUAAUCAUAUACUCAGAUUCUCAAUUAGUAACCCAGCAAGUAGCAGGCAACUUUGGGAUCAAUAGUGAUAAGCUGCAGAGAGCACCAAUGAUCAAUUAUCUUCAACGAGGUAUCCUGCCAACCGACCUUGAAGAAGCACGGCUGGUCAGGAAAAAGGCUCAUGCUUACACCAUGAUAGAAGAUCAGUUAUAUAAGCGAGCAUUUUCCAGGCCUUUACUCAAGUGUUUAAACAUGGAAGAGGCGGGACAUGCCUUACAAGAAAUACAUCAAAGGUGUUGUGGCAAUCAAGCUGGAGGUGGAACAUUAGCUCGUUGGGUGCUGCUAGCUGGCUAUUUCUGGCCUACCUUACAGAAGGAUGCUCUGCAGCAGGCCUUCACAUCCGUAGCAUACCCACAAAGUAAUGGGCAAACAAAAGUUAUCAACCGAGAAAUUGUGCGGGGAUUGAAAGUUAAGCUAGAUCACGUUGGAGGAGAUUGGGUAGACGAAUUGCAAAGUAUUAUAUGGACCCACCGUACAACACCUCGGGAGAGCACAAGCCUCACUCCCUUUCAUCUAGUCUACGACAAUGAAGCAAUGGUGCCUAUAGAGAUCAGGAUGCCUUCCACUAGAAGGAUGUUGUACGACGAAGAGAAUGUCGAACGGAGACUGGCAGAGCUGGAUCUCAUUAGUGAAAUCCGUGAACGGACGGUGGCCAGGCUAGAAGCCUAUCGACAAAGGAUGAAGCAGAGUUAUGAUAGGAGGGUGGUUCCUCAUUUAUUCGGAGAAGGGGACCUGGUCUGGAAGCGAGUGAAACCUGUGGGGGACGUGGUCAAGUUGGCACCCCAAUGGGAUGAAUCCUAUAAAGUUAUUAGAAAGUUGGCGUCAGGUGCUUACUACUUGCAGGACAACCGAGGUAGGAAUCUAAACCGGCCCUGGAGCGCUAACUAUCUGCGGUCUUACCGCACAUAA